UUACUAGAACCAAAAAGCGCAACGCGAACUAUUUUUUCCUAUCCCAGUUUUUGGACGACAAUCUAUUCCCCAACGUAGCGGUGCCGCGGAUCCUGGAUGCAUUUACCCUGACGUACCAUCACAUCACAUCACCCCACCAAACACAGGCCCCGUGAAGUGACUUAUACCAACAACAAUCACAACGCGAUCGAAAAAAAAACUACACGACAAGUUUGAUUUAACCUGACAGAAAGUAAAAGGACGGCGUUCUCGCCACUAUUGAGCUACUAUCAGCGACAUGUCUCCUAGAUUACGACCUCUGCAACUACCGCUGUUGGUGGAAGAAAGAAGGAAGAAAGAGGAGGAAGAGGCAGCGCAACGCGAAGUGGACGUUGACGUUCCCUACAACUUCUACAUGACGGAUUCCUACUCGUCGGACGCGACGUCACCAGUCACACCAACAUUUUCAGCGCGUGGACAUCUGCGCUGCUCUAGCUCGAUGUCUUCUUUUGACCUCGCAACAGUAGCUAGCUCCGAUAGCCCUUCGUCUCCCACGCAAACAGCACAGAACUCGGGCAAACGCGUGCUACCUAACGUAGAGGAGGAGCCAAUUGAGUACGAAGACGAAUUCGAAGACUCCGAAGUUGACUACGACGAUGCAUCUGAACUAUAUCAAUGUCUAUGCGACGAGCCUUGCAUCCAUCGAGAUUCCGACUUGGUGCAAAGCACUUCUAACUUCUACACAGAGGCCCGAGGUGCCGAAUACGACGCCGGUUUCUUUAGCGAUGGCGACUUCAGCUUCAGCCUACGCUCGUCAUUAAAGCGACGCAGAGACGGCUCGGAGUCACCAUUCGCAGGUAUCUCGCAACGAUUAGGGUCACGAUUCCCGUCUUUCACCAGAUGGAAGUCAUCGAAGCCAUCUAGCAUCAGCUCACCGGUGUCCGACUUCGGAUUUGACCAGCAGCCGAUGAUGUCUAGGACCUCUUCGAGUCGCUCCUCUUCUAGAUCGGCGCCUAGUCGACAACAUCGGGAUCGUUCGAGCGAGCCUCCCGUGCCACCUACUCCUGCCUUGUCGCGCAACGGAAGCAAUGAAAGGGUGCCACUAGACGUCACAGUGGACGCCAGAAAAGCUACUGAGCUUCUUUUCGCCAUUCAGCACGAGCGCAAGCAAACCCUAACGCCGCUUCUCCCACCGAUGAUGACUGCUUCGUCCGAGUACAUUCUAGCGCAGUCUUCCCCGCUAGAGUCGCCGAGAGUUGCCUGUGCUCCCUCUAUAUUCGAAGAGGAAAUGUACUCGACGGGCAUGAUCUCGCCGCCGCUCAGCGCGAAAGGGUCGCACUCUUCACUCCGCCUCAUGCCGGACUCGGUGGAGCUAUCUCAGCUUCCCGCGCCGGACGCCUGGUCCGACCGUCUGGGACAUGCGAACUACACUAUAACCCCGAAGCCGUAUAAGCCCGAGACGGUGGACCUAUGCUCUCUACGCCAAUUCCGAUCGGACUGGGAAACCGCGCGGAUUAACUACACGAAGCACCUUGCGCGCACAGGAGAGCACUACGGGCAAACUUCCAAGACCUACUCGCUCACAGAAGCCAAGUGGGCCGAGACCCAGCGGGAUUGGAGGAACCUUCACGAUGAGAUAGCAGAAGCGGUUGUUGCUAGCGGCGAGGCGACCGACUGCGACAAGUUCGACGAAGCCAUGUUAACCACAGUCCCGAGAAUGGACGCUGAGGGCAAGUUUCCCGAGCGCGGUGACGAGGAUAUUGUGGGACCGAUGGUGCGCGAGGCGACGAUGAUGUCCCUCGACAACGCGGACCGGAAAGGGCCCGGUUUCUGGCGCCAUUUGGCGGGAAAGGUCGGCUUGAGGAAGUAGAUCUCUUACCACCUUACCAUACCAUACCUACCUAACUAUUGACGCGGCCGGCGAAAAAUUCGAACGACCCGCGAAUUAUUACGACUACCUAACGACGAUCACGACCCUAACGUCACUUACGCUCGUUUUCGGAAUC